GAAAUCACCACAAAAGAAUCAACUCCAUUCUGUUAUCAAAGUGCCCUAGCCAUCUAUCAUCCUGCUGCAGUAAGAUUUUCCAGUAAUGCUCAAUAACUAUGUCUAAGGCCUCUAAGGUUGUCCUGGGAUUGUCGAUAGUGCUCACUGUCAGCACCGUUGCAGGCGUUCAUAUCAAGCAGAACUGGGACAGGCAGAGGCUGCGUGGCGGAGUUCUGCGCGAUCUGGAGCGCGUGGAGCGGAAGCGCGAGAACCUGCGCGCACUCGAGGAGCAGAUCCAGCUGACGAGCCAGCUCCUGAUCGAGCGCGACAGACAAGAGGCAGACGCGGCGCGAGCACACAGCUCAUAAAACGACUAGUUCAAAAGUGAUUGAACAAUGGACAGUGGGGAAAAGAGAGGACUUACGGCACAAGAUGAGGAGACCAUGUGCACGUCAGCCUCCGAGGGUCUGGAGGAGGGCGAGGUGGAGGGAGAAACUCUCCUCAUUGUGGAGUCGGAGGACCAGGCGUCUGUGGAUCUGUCUCACGACCAGAGCGGAGAC